UUUGCAUCCAACUGGUGAUUACUCGACGUCGCAAGAUGAAGUGGCUUAGUUUGUUCCUGGUCUUUGGAAUCCUCGGCCUCAUCGGCAGCCUGGGCACCCUGACCAUGGCGGAACCCAAUCCGGAGCCCAAGGGUCGUCCUCAUACCACCCGACGUCCGCGGAACGACAACGACAGCGAUCGACGCUAGCAAUCCAUGGAUUUGGGAGACAAGUCCAGGCGAAGAUGCACCGAACCACAGAGGACACAGGAGGCACAUCGGCUCUCGGUGAAGGUGAAAUGUUUUGGAGUCGAGCAAAUGCAAUAUGUUGAGGUCCUGCUCAUCUAGCGGGUAUGGAUCUCCCGGGCCACACAAUAAAGACGCUUGCGUUUACAACAGA